AUGAGAUUACCCUUGAAAAGAGGAGCUAAGACCGUGAGCUCAUUUGCACCUCGGAAGAGCUUCCAACUCAUAGGCUCUGUUCCACUCCGUGAGGAUGUUGUUGAUGUUACAGAACUUUAUAUUGCUUAUUUGAAAAAAUUGUGUGGAAAGAUACAACGUGUUUUGAUUUUUCUGAGGGAAGUUGUGAGCAAGGUGCCUGACUAUGGCCAUGCGCAAGGGCAGGGCCAAGGGCCUGGUGAUGUCACCAUGGAUGAUCGCACCAUCUCCAAGAGAAGGAAGCCGGUCGGUGAUGAAGUGAAUGACAGCGACGAGGAGUAUAAGAAAAGCAAAACACAAGAGAUGGGUAAUGCUAAGCCCAGUGGUAGGGGUGGUAGAGGGAGAGGACGAGGAAGAGGCCGUGGUGGACGAGCGGCCAGAGCAGCUGAGAGAGAGAAUCUUAACCGCGAGAUGGAACUUGAGUCCUCCAUGGUGGAAGAGAAACCUCCUCAAGACAGUACCCAGGUGCAUGAGUCAGUGUCAGCACCACACGAGAUUGAGAAGAAGGAAGGCAUUGCAGCAGCAUCAAACGAAGACACCAAACAACAACAACUUCAAAGUCCAAAAGAAGGCAAUGACUUUGAUCUCAACGCUGAAUCUCUCGACCUAAACGAGACCAAACCGGCACCAGUCGCAGCAGCCACGGCCUCUGAGGAAUAUACCUGCUGGUCAAUGGAGUUAGGCCAAAUAGAUCCAGCACAGUUUGCAAGUUUGGGUAAGAGGAUAGACGAGGAAGAAGACUAUGACGAAGAAGAAGGUUAAAGGCAAAAGUACUACAAAUAGGACAUUAAAUAGAGUAGCAGCAUUUUAGUGGUUUUGUCUAGAAAAUGCUUCUUCUGUGAUAAGAAUCCACUUCCAGUUUAUAGGUAUUGUAUGAAUCAAAACCCUUUAAAAUAGACUUGCCCGGUGAGAGACUUUGAAACCUUUGCA